AAUAAAGCAAUUAAGCCCCCCCCCCUCCCACUUGGUACUCUAAUUACUGUCACGUGAUUCGUUGUUGUCAAAAUGGCUGACGUACCACAACAUCGCGAUCCUGCCGUAUGGAAUCUAGUUGUAAAGGCGAAAUUACCUCUGCUCAAAACGCUUCUUCAUGGUAUCAUUAGCCAACUGUAUAAAGACAGUCGUCAUAUAUUGCAUUACAAAGACUAUAGUAAUGUGUGGAAUAUACAACAGUAUUGGCAGGUGUGUGAUAGCUGUGAAGAGUUGGUACUAACUGCUGGUAAAGAGUCUUGGACAAAAGACCAGAUAUUUAGUUAUGUUGGUGACACAGUUCCAGAUGAGUACAAGCAAAGUAUCUUUGAGGUGAUAAAUUGCCGUAGGGAUGACAUUGUGGAACAGCUGCUUGCAAAGACAGACAGCAUCUCAGAGAGGGAACUUCAUAAUUUUGACUGGAAAGUUAAUUUAGUUAUGUCUAGCGAUAAACUUGGUACCAUACAUGAACCUCUGUGUCAGCUUGACUUACAAAGCCGAGACGGGGAGGAGAAUGUCAACACAACCUUGGAACUGAAUAGUGGAGAAUUGAAAUCUUUGAUAAAAUCUCUAGAAUCUGCAAACAAGACUGUGUUGCAGUAUACAUCAUGAACUUUUGUCUUGACAUUUCAACAUCAUCAUCAUUACCAAUGUCCUGAAGUGGGCAGAAAUAAACUCGGUGCUGAAGCUCUAUCCCAAAGUGAAGAUAAUUAUCUCCAGUUUAUCCUUAUUUAUGUAAGAAGCCUUCAUCCUUCUUAUUAUCUACCAAGUUGGUAAGCAGGGACAGACUACCAUUUUUAGUGGAUAAAUGCUGCCAGUUUGAAAAAGUUGCAGAGUUUAAUUGUAAGUCUGAAUUUAAUAAAGACACUUUAUGGUGGUCUCAUUCCUCAGUUUGGUAAACUUUUCUAGUCCUUUUCUUCCUUAAUAUAUUAACUUAAUUUAUUCCGUGUUCUUUAGCUCUACAUUGUGGUAUCUGUUUUGGUUUGUUAGCACAUAGUAACCCUAUUGAGUCUUUUAUGACCUAAUGUAAACACUUCAUGAACCACUACUAUUAUUUCAGAGAUGUUUUAUUGUCCCAUUGAUUUCGGUCCAUGGCAAUAUCCUGCUGAUGUCACUAAUGUUGCUAUGCUUAGUCAUCUGUUACUAGGACUACAGGAAUGUGGGGCAAUAAACAACUUAUUGUUCCUUGUUCUUUCUUAAUUAUUAUCACUUGACCAGAAUGAAUAACGAUAACAAUAAUUCAAUAAAUAAUAAUAAUAAUAAUAAUGAUAAUAGUUCAAAACUGUAUUAAAGCACAAAUUUCAUAAAUCUUUA